CUCUGUUAUCAUCUCCGUUCUUUACACAGAGAGAUGACAACCAAAUCAUUGAUAGUGUGCUUUGGCGAGAUGCUGAUCGAUUUUGUGCCUGAUACCGCCGGAGUGUCAUUGGCUGAAUCUCAUGGAUUUCUUAAAGCCCCAGGCGGCGCACCCGCCAACGUGGCUUGUGCUAUUACCAAACUUAGCGGUAGUUCUGCUUUUAUCGGGAAGGUCGGGGAAGACGAGUUUGGGCGGAUGCUGGUAGACAUCUUGAAGAAAAAUGGAGUUAAUAGCGAGGGAGUGCGUUUCGAUCAGCAAGCUAGAACAGCGCUUGCAUUCGUGACAUUAAAGCACAACGGAGACAGGGAGUUCAUGUUUUAUAGGAACCCUAGCGCAGACAUGUUGCUGAAGGAAUCAGAGCUGGACAUCAAAAUGAUAAAGCAGGCCAGCAUCUUUCACUAUGGAUCCAUAAGCCUCAUAUCUGAGCCAUGCAGGUCCGCUCACAUGGCUGCCAUGAAAGAUGCCAAGGAAGCUGGCGCUUUGCUCUCUUAUGAUCCCAACGUUCGCUUGCCUCUCUGGCCUUCCGCACAAGCCGCUAGGGAUGGAAUCAAGAGCAUUUGGAACAAAGCAGAUUUCAUCAAGGUUAGCGAUGAUGAGGUUGAAUUCCUCACACAGAAAGAUCCUCAAAAGGAAGAUGCCGUGAUGUCCCUGUGGCAUGAUCAGCUCAAGCUUCUUGUUAUUACUGAUGGAGGGAAGGGCUGCAGAUAUUUUACCAAGGCAUGCAUCUUUAAAGGAAAAGUUGAUGGGUUCUCUGUGAAGACAAUUGACACAACAGGGGCAGGCGAUGCCUUUGUUGGGGCACUCUUGGUGUCCAUUGCCAAAAACCCAUCAAUUAUGCAGGAUGAGGCAAAGUUGAAAGAAGCUUUAACGUUUGCAAAUGCAUGUGGGGCAAUUUCUACCACUCGGAAAGGAGCUAUUCCAGCACUGCCUACCGUAUCCGACGCACAAGCUCUCAUUGCUCAAGCGAAGGCCAAGUAGCGAUUCUUUUUAAUAGACUAGUCUCUCUCCCACUAUUUGGAUUUUCAAGAACAAGGUCUUUCAUUCAACUUAGUUUAUUUAUGGAUUUGGUCAAGCCUUUUUCUUAAUUAGAAGUGUGCAACCCAUAUCCCAACUUUUGAUAUAUAAAUACAAUAUACAUAUAUAUGGCUCA